AUGUCCGCCGCACCUGCUCCAGAUGUCCCUCCUACCGCAAAACAACACCGUCAUGCUUGUCUGGACGACUUUCUCAUCGGCGAAGAGAUCGCCUGGGGCUCGCUAGCCACCAUCGUCGAAGCCACCCACAAAACAACACACAAGCGCUACGUCAUCAAGAUCCUCGACAAGCUCCAGCUCGUCAAGAAAAAGAUGACGCGCUCCGUGCUCGCGGAGAAGGAGGCUUUGGUCAAGCUGGCGUCUAGGCCGCAGCCUCAUCAUCCUGGAAUCAUUCGGUUACAUUACUCGUUCCAUGAUGCGUCGUCGCUUUACUUCGUGCUUGACUUGGCCCCAAAUGGGGACCUCAAGCAGUUGGUGCAGAAGACGGGAUCCUUGGCGAUGCCGUGCGCGAGGUAUUACACUGCCCAACUCACAUCGGCCAUUCAAUACCUGCACGAUGCAGGCGUCUCUCAUCGCGAUAUUAAACCUGAGAACGCGCUACUGGAUGAGUCGAUGCGUAUUAAGAUUGCGGAUUUUGGGUGUGCGUAUGUAGGCCCGGAUUUGGAUACGCAUCGCACGAAUACGUUUGUAGGCACCGCAGCGUAUAUCUCGCCAGAGUUGCUCUUGCGCGCGAAAGCAGAUCCGAAGGGCCCGGAUUUGUGGGCCAUCGGCUGUACCCUCUACUUCCUCCUCUUCGCAAGUUAUCCGUUCUCAGCUGCGACGGAGUACCUUACGAUGGAGAGAGUGAAGAAGCUGGAUUACUCGAUUCCUGAGGGAUGUGAUCCCGUCGCUCAUGAUCUCAUCAAACGACUUCUCGUUCGUCUCUCUUUUUUUCCAAUCAACUCAGCGAUGUUCAGGGGUUUCUAG